UAUAUAAAUAAAAACUAAAAAAUGUCAAAAAUUUCCAAACACAACUGAUUUUAUUUGUUUUUAAAAUAUAUUAAAUAAUUAUAAUGGAAAUUGUUGAACCUGUAAUUUCUACGACAGAUAAAGCAAAAGAAAUCAAAGCAAUUGAUCGAAGUUCUGUGCAUAAAAUAUGUUCUGGCCAAGUGGUUUUAACUUUAGCUGUUGCUGUUAAAGAAUUGUUAGAAAAUGCAAUUGAUGCGGGUGCUACAACAGUAGAAAUUCGAUUAAAAAAUAAUGGCUGCGAUUUAAUUGAAGUUAUCGAUAACGGACAAGGUGUUGAAGAACAUAAUUUUCAAGCUUUAACUUUAAAACAUCAUACAUCCAAAAUACAAGAUUUUAACGAUUUAAUUAGUGUGACAACAUUUGGAUUCCGUGGUGAAGCUUUAAGUUCAUUAUGUGCGCUUUCAAAGUUAUCAGUUACAACGAGACAUAAAUCAGCUGAAUGUGCGUAUAAAAUUUUGUAUGAUACAAAUGGUAAAAUCAUGAGUAAAACAAGAUGUGCUCGUUCAAUUGGAACUACAGUCGUAUUAGAAAAUUUAUUUUCAACUCUUUCUGUACGCCAUAAAGAAUUUCAGAGGAAUAUUAAACGUGAAUACACUAAAAUGUGUAAUUUACUAUAUGCAUAUUGUUUAAUAGCCACGGGCGUUAAGAUUGUAUGCACAAAUACGACAAAUAAAAAUAUGAAAUCAAUCAUAGUUUCAACACAAGAAAAUAAUACCGUUAAAGAUAAUAUUUCAUGUAUUUUUGGACACGAACAAUUUAGUUCAAUUAUAGAAUUUGAACAAAUUGAACCAACACCGGAAGUAUGCACUGAAUAUAAUAUUAAAGAUGAAAAUGUUCAAAUACCCUUUACAAUUAUCGGUUUCAUUUCAUAUUGUAAACCAGGAUCUGGACGUGGUACAAGUGAUCGACAAUUUUAUUAUAUUAAUUCACGACCAUGCGAAAUCAACAAAUUAACUCGAUUAGUUAACGAUGUUUAUCAUCAAUUUAACAAUUCACAAUAUCCAUUUGUAUUAUUGAACAUAAAAGUGAACACUUCAAUGGUAGAUGUUAAUGUGACACCGGAUAAACGAAAACUAUUUAUGGAAAAUGAAAAUCUUUUAUUAGCAACUAUUAAAAGUAGUUUAUUGAAUAUGUUUAGAAAGAAUAUAACAUGCUUUGAUACAAGUAACCUUAAUAUUAAGGAUGAUGGAAUCAAACGUGGAAUUAAACGUAAUAAUCAAGAGGAAUCACAAAUGUCCAUGAAAUCAUUUGUAAUGCGAACAUUGUUACAGAAACGAAUGAAAAUUGAUGAUGAUAAGGUUGAAAAUUUAAGUGAAAUUAGUAGUGAUGAAGAAAUUGAAGUGAAAGAGAAGAAAAAAACUACAAUUCAAGAUGAUUUAUCGAAAAAUGUUAUUGAAAUUUCAGGAUGUGACGUUAAAUUAGAAAAAAUAAAAGAACGAAUUGUACCAGUUGAAAAAGCAAGCGAAAAAAAUAUUAAAAUUGAAUUCCCUGCUUGUACAUCACAUUCACUCAUCGAAAAAGAAAACUUGAUUGACACAGGAAAAAUAGAUAAAAUCGAACAAACACAAAAAUUAACAACAGAUCCAACGAUAACUGUACAAGAAAUUAAAACUAAUUCGAUUGUUAAAAAAGAAUCGACAUUAAGCAACUUAGAAAAAGAUGAACAAGAAGUAAUUCACGAAUCUGAUUCAAACAGUUUACAUGAAGAGGAAGAAGAAGAAGAAGAAGAACCUCAUAAACCUGAUUCAACAGACGCAAAAGAUUCAUAUAAAAUUAUUGAAUUCAGUCAAAGUAAUAAUAAAAUAAUUGAUGACAUGAAUUUGGAAGAUUGCAGCCCGAACGACAUUGACACAGAACAAAAAGAAUUAGAAAACCAAAAUAAUGAAAAUCAAUCAAAAAUUGAAAAUAAAAUCAAUGAAGAUGAAACUGAAGAUUUACAGUACGACUGCACCCAAAUACCAACCAGAGAUAAAAUAUCCGCGAAUAUCACUUUGAAAGAUUUAAAAAAUCGAUUAUUAGAAAAACAAAAGUGUCAACAAAAAUCGAAUGAAGUAAACAUUAAAUUUCGUGCUGAAAUAAAUCCACUAUCAAAUCAAAAUGCUGAAAAGGAAUUAGAACGUGAAAUAAAAAAGGAUACAUUUAAAAAAAUGGACAUAAUUGGACAAUUUAACAUGGGCUUUAUAAUUGCUAAAUUAGAGAAUGAUUUAUUUAUAAUUGAUCAGCACGCUACCGAUGAAAAAUAUAACUAUGAAAUUUUACAAGAAACCACAAUCAUGCAACGACAAAAAUUAGUUGUACCACAAAAAUUGGAAUUAACAACGGCUAAUAAAGCUUUAAUUGUGGACAAUAUGGAAAUAUUUAAUAAAAAUGGAUUUAUGUUUAAUAUUGAAGAUUCUGAAAAUACCCAAAAUAUUUAUUUGACAGAAGUACCAUUAAGUAAAAAUUUUUGUAUGGGAAAAGAUGAUAUCGAUGAUUUACUUUUUAUGUUGCAAGAUGGAAGUCAACAAAUGUGUCGUCCAACUAGAAUUCGAUCAAUGCUUGCAUUAAGAGCAUGUCGAAAGUCUGUUAUGGUUGGUGAUCCUUUAUCGAAACAAGAUAUGAGAAAGCUUAUUGAUCAUAUGGGCGAAAUUGAUCAUCCUUGGAACUGCCCUCAUGGAAGACCAACAAUGAGACACCUGGUGAAUUUAUCAUUAAUGAACUGCGAAGAUUCCUAAUU